AUGUCCUACAGGAUCGGCGGCUACUAUAUGUCCUUCUCCACCCUUCCCAAAGUGAUGGACGCCUACAAAAUGACCAACCCCCUGAACUACGACGACACCAUGAUCGAACUAGCCAUAAACUACUGGCUUUGCCACAUGGAGAAGAAGAACGUCUUAGCUGCGUACAUCCACUGGGAGAACGACGGGCCUGGGAUGAUGUUUGUGUCGAGCUUCAAGCGAGAUUGGGCUAUCGCGAAAGACUGGUUGAUGACCGGCACCGGCAUCAAUGCUGAGGAGCUGAAGUGGAUCACUUUGCUGGAUAACCGGAGGAUUACGAUUGGGGGGAUUGAACCGCCGAAGAAGAUUAUCAGGAGAUUGAACAAGCCCCCAUCUGAGAUUUUGGCUGAGAUCUGA